AUGGCGUCGAAGAGAUUUCCACCUUCGAAUGUUCGAAAGAACAACAAAUACUCUCGUCAGACGAUUCACAUCAGCGUUGGACGAUCCCAUGACCCAUUUCACGUUCACUAUGCACAGCUGGAGAGCACCGCAUUUUUCGAGGUUCAUGGCAAGCCAACAAGCCAGCAAGACCAUUCCCGCGAGACCUCCGUGGUCGAUAACCGCGAGCAGACGCUUAGCCCUGAACCUGCCAUCAAAGCUGAAGACGGUGAAGCUGCGGUCGACCAAGUCACUACAUAUCAGUCGCCGACGAAGCCAGCCUACCACCUCGAAAAUUUCGUCUAUGAACCAGCUGCCUUCGAGGUCGUAGUAAAUUGGCUCUACAAUCAACGUCCAAACAAGCCGACCAUGCGCAACGAUUGCAAGACCUUGUUGCGGGCGUAUGUCUUAGCUUUGCAAUACAGAAUCACCGGCCUUCAAAAUGAGCUCGUCGAUUGCAUUCGACAAUAUCAUCGCGACUUCAACGUCACCUUUGAAGAUCUCACGUGGCUGAUCAACCGUAUCUCAGAGGAACCUACAUCCCACAUCAUACCUAUGAUGCGGUACUUCAUUGAUCAGAUUGCUUUCGAAAUUUCGACCCAAGGCUUCACAGAAUUCUCGCGCAACAACAUCAUGUUCGAGACAUUUCUCUCAGAAGGUGUACACCCGAUCCGCGUUGUCCUUUUUCGAGCGAUCGCAGAUGUCGCCAGAGCAGACCCGCGUAGAGAUCCUGCCCUUGGGCCUAAUCGGUGGACGGUUGAGGAUUGGGUAGCUGCACCAACUCCUGCACAGAACUCAAUUGACAUCAUUGACAUCGACGAGGAAUGA